GUCAGCUUGAAAAAUGGCCUGGAACCCGUCGAAACCCACAGUGAUGGAAACAAUAUCACAGCGGGAUCCUCCGUGUGCAAAAUAGAAUUCAGUGUAGCCGUGUGAGUCUCCAGGAGGUUUAAAAGGGAGCAGCUAAAGAGGAUGGACCCAUUUUGCAUUCUCAGCAUGGUCAGACACGACAGCGGCUGUUCUGAGGAAGAGGACGUGAAGAUCUGUCCCCGGGACUCUGGCUAUGAUAGCCUCUCCAACAGGCUCAGCGUCCUGGACCGGCUCCUGCACACCCACCCCAUCUGGCUGCAGCUGGGUCUGAGCGAGGAGGAGGUGGCGGAGGUCCUGCAGCCCCAGCCUCCGGGGCUCUUCCUGGUUCAUAAAUCCACCAAAAUGCAGAAGAAAGUCCUCUCCCUUCGCCUGCCCCAAGAAUGUGGAACCUCACUCAAGGAAUUUGCCAUCAAGGAAAGUGCAUACACCUUUUCCUUGGAAGGCUCAGGAAUCAGUUUUGCGGAUUUAUUCCGGCUCAUUGCUUUCUACUGCAUCAGCAGGGAUGUUCUGCCGUUUACCUUGAAGUUGCCUUAUGCCAUUUCAACAGCCAAGACUGAGGCUAAGCUUGAAGAACUGGCCCAGCUGGGACUAAAUUUUUGGAGCUCCCCAGCUGACACCAAACCCCCAAACUCUCCAGCUCCCCACAGCCCUCUCUCCUCGGACGGCGUCUGUCCUGCCUCCUUGCGUCAGCUCUGCCUUAUAAAUGGAGUGCAUUCUAUAAAAACCAGGACGCCUUCAGAGCUGGAGUGCAGCCAGACCAACGGGGCCCUGUGUUUUAUUAAUCCCCUUUUCUUGAAAGUGCACAGCCAGGACCUCAGUGGAGGCCUGAAACGGCCGAGCACAAGGACUCCCAACGCGAAUGGCACCGAGCGGCCUCGGUCCCCCCCACCCAGGCCCCCGCCACCGGCUAUUAAUAGUCUGCACACAAGCCCUCGGCUGUCCGGGACAGAAACCCAGACGAGCGUGCCAGAAACAGUCAACCAUAACAAACAUGGGAACGUAGCUCUGCCUGGAACCAAACCAACUCCCAUCCCUCCGCCCCGUCUGAAGAAGCAGGCUUCUUUUCUCGAGGCGGAAGGCGGCGCGAAGACCUUGACCGGCGGCCGGCCGGGCGCGGGCGCAGCUGGCAGCGCAGGUGGAGCCCCGCCCGCCGCCGCCCCGGGCGAUUGCACAAGGGCCCCGCCGCCCGGCGUUGAGUCCCGGCCCCCGCGCCAUGGAGGCCGGCAGCGGCUGAGCGACCUGAGCAUUUCCACUUCCUCCUCCGACUCGCUCGAGUACGACCGCAGCAUGCCCCUGUUUGGCUAUGAGGCGGACACCAACAGCAGCCUGGACGACUACGAAGGGGAGAGCGACCAGGAGACCAUGGCGCCCCCGGUCAAGUCCAAAAAGAAGAGGAGCAGCUCCUUCGUGCUGCCCAAGCUCGUCAAGUCCCAGCUGCAGAAGGUGAGCGGCGUGUUCAGCUCCUUCAUGACCCCGGAGAAGCGGAUGGUCCGCAGGAUCGCCGAACUGUCCCGGGACAAAUGCACCUACUUCGGGUGCCUAGUGCAGGACUACGUGAGCUUCCUGCAGGAGAACAGGGACUGCCACGUGUCCAGCACCGACUUGCUGCAGACCAUCCGGCAGUUCAUGACCCAGGUCAAGAACUAUUUAUCCCAGAGCUCCGAGCUGGACCCUCCCAUCGAGUCGCUGAUCCCUGAAGACCAAAUAGAUGUGGUGCUGGAAAAAGCCAUGCACAAGUGCAUCUUGAAGCCCCUGAAGGGGCACGUGGAGGCCAUGCUGAAGGACUUCCACGUGGCCGACGGCUCCUGGAAACAGCUCAAGGACAACCUGCAGCUCGUGCGGCAGAGGAACCCGCAGGAGCUGGGGGUUUUUGCCCCCACCCCUGAUUUCGUGGAUGUGGAGAAAAUCAAAGUCAAAUUCAUGACCAUGCAGAAAAUGUAUUCACCAGAAAAGAAAGUCAUGCUGCUGCUGAGGGUCUGCAAGCUCAUCUACACCGUCAUGGAGAACAACUCAGGGAGGAUGUACGGCGCCGAUGACUUCCUGCCAGUGCUGACCUAUGUCAUAGCUCAGUGCGACAUGCUGGAGCUGGACACUGAGGUUGAGUACAUGAUGGAGCUCCUGGACCCGUCCCUGCUACAUGGGGAAGGAGGUUAUUACUUGACGAGUGCCUACGGGGCACUUUCUCUGAUAAAGAAUUUCCAAGAAGAGCAAGCAGCGAGACUGCUCAGCUCCGAGACCAGAGACACCCUGCGGCAGUGGCACAAGCGGAGGACGGCCAACCGGACCAUCCCUUCUGUGGAUGACUUCCAGAAUUACCUCCGAGUUGCGUUCCAGGAGGUCGGCAGUGGCUGCACGGGCAAGACCCUCCUCGUGAGGCCGUAUGUCACCACCGAGGACGUGUGUCAGAUCUGCGCCGAGAAGUUUAAGGUGCAGGACCCCGAGGAGUACAGCCUCUUUCUGUUUGUGGACGAAACGUGGCAGCAGCUAGCGGAGGACACUUACCCUCAAAAGAUCAAGGCCGAGCUGCACAGCCGCCCCCAACCCCACAUCUUCCACUUUGUCUAUAAGCGUGUCAAGAGCGAUUCUUACGGCGUCAUUUUCCAGAACGAGGAUGAGGACCUCACCACCUCAUAGAAGGCACAGGGAACUUCUCAGUGUUACAUCCAAAGGGGGCUGGGGCCUUGCUUCCUGGCUUCUGUGUGUGUGAGCCUGAAAAGCAGUCCCCUCCUGGGGGACUCCUCGGUUCAGUGAGUAAGCCAUCCACAGGCCAGCUUGGCCAAGGGCAUCGUUAGCCACUCCAAGUAGCUGAGGUUGUGAAACAGUAGGUAGGAUUCUCCUUCAGCAAAGGAGAAUUGCAUAUGAUGGUUCAAGUGUCCUGAGAUUGUUCGCUACCUACCCCUAGCCAGGUUCUAGGUUGGCUUACGUGUAUGUAUAUAUGCUGAAUAAACAUUUCUUGAAUUCAACAGCAGGUGUUUGUAAAGAUUGUCCAGUGAAGAGAGUCAGGUACUUCUCAGUUCCAUGGGUGGCUCCGCCCAUCCUUCCUCUCUUUCUUCUAUCCUUUCUUCUUUUUCUUCUUCUUCUUUUUUUUUUUUUUACAAAGAGCCUUUGUGUUUUUAUAUAUUUCAUAGAAAUUUUUAUAGCAGUUGCAGGUAAACUGUCAGGAUUUGUUUUUAAAAUAUUUUUGUAACUUUAAAAUAUUCUAUAAUUAUGCAUGUGAUUUUAACAUUUAAUAUUCAAAAAUAAAUCUCUUGCUGGAUUUGAGAGUAUUGCAUUUUACAGGUCUCUCUUCUGUAACUGGAUGUUUUGGUGACUUUGUGAAGAGAGACUGCUGGAUUUCUUAAAGCAAUAUAUUCUUGACACUGGCCGCAGAAUGCCUUUGGAAAUCUCAUGUACUGUUACCUUGUUCACAUUUAGUGGUGUUUUGCUGUUUUGAUUUUUUAAACAAGUGAUGCUGAUAAUAAGGAGAGAAAUGAAUGUAGAGAGAGGUAGAGAGAGAAAUACAGACUCUAAAAAAGGACUGGGGAAUGUAGUCUGCUGGUUCAGGCUCUUGGAAAAGCAGAUGGGAGGAACCACCUACUCUUAAAAGACUGUAAAUUUGCAAUGAGAUUUGACAAAAUCUAUUCUAUAUGUUAGUGACUUUUAGAAAUAAUUCUGAAAACCCCAUGAGGCGAAAAAUUGAGAAUGAUAAUGCUAUUCCCCCACUUCCAUACAAUCAAAAAUAACAGCAUCAAAUUAUUUGGGGGCAGAAACCAAGUAAUGUAUAAUGUGACUUUUGUUGAGUUAAAAAGAUGUUACACAUUAGAAAAGUUUUGAAACGCACCAAAAAACCCAUCUGCAUGAUAAGGAUCUAUGGUGAAGUUAAAUCCGUGUUUUAUAAAAGCAGCGUGCAGGGACACAGACUCUGAGGGUCUCAUAUCAGUGUAACACAGGUAGUUACAAAAACAUGUUCCCGUACUGUGUAAAGAUGCAUAGUCAUCUGUCUGAUUGGCCUUGUACCUUGUCCCUUUCUUAGCCUUGACUUUUGUUGUACUAGAACCCUCAGCACAUACCAUGUUGUACUUCCUUUUGUAAAUGAUUUUUAAAUGGAAUUUUGCACAUAAUACAUUGUAAUACUGUAUGAUAAUCACGUGUGAAAAUAAUUUUUGAAACAU